GAGGCUGGGAAGACGGGAGCUUACUUUUUCUGGCACUGCUUCGAAAAAGUAGUUUUGACAUCUCUUUCACUUGGCAAUGACAGGAAGAACUACAGUGCGCUCUUGAGGCAUGCAGAGAGAGAUGGCUGAUGCUAGGCUGAGCAAGAGGUAGUACUGCGGACUGGAAGAGCCCGGGACAUGACAGCAGCCAUGAUUACACUUAGCAAAGAAAGAAGUCAUAGCAGCCUCGCCAGGCCCGGGUUCACACCCUGAGCUGGGCUGGCUCCCAGCAGCUAAUUUUGUCUAAUCCCUAAAUGCUACCAAAAUACCACCUUUUCUUCCCAUGACGUGACUGUGGAGAAUCUGAAAUCAAUGUUGUGUUUUUAAAUUUUGCUUGGUACAGCAAAAACGACAACAAAGCAGGAGCAUUCCGAUUUCUUGGGGAACGGUUUCCUUGAUGCCUGUGGGUUUUGCAGCCCCGAUUUCCCCUGGGGCGCCGGAAAGCUGGGGGGGUGUGGAGCCUGGCCCUCCGCAUCCACAUGCCCCUCGCCAGCUCUCCUGGGGGCGGGAGGGGGAGCGGAGGUGCCAGAUUUCAGAGUAAAAUAUCGCCGUGAGAAGGAGAGAAGCGAGCGCUGGGUGGGGGCGAGGCUGGAGGGCAGCGGGGCCGCCCCGGGUGCGAGUUGCCCAGCGCUUCCCUGUCUCCUUCCCCCGAGCCGGUGUCAGGUAUUGCGAGGAGGGGUAGGGGCCCGGGGAGGAGAUGGCUGGAGGCUUUCCAGCCCCGGCUCACGCAAUGCAAGCUCCGCACGCAACGGGGAGGCGACAGGCGGAGGAGGGGAAGCUCUCCGGCUUCCUCAGCCCCCAAGAUGCAAGCGAGACUUUGCCUCCCAACAGAGAGGGCUGCGAGCCCGCCCGCCACCCCGCUCCCCUCCCAGCACCUCCUCCGUCAAAACUUGGCCCCGGCCAUAAAAGCAUCCGCGGCUCAGCCGCUCCACUUGGUAGGGGCCCAAGGGUAGCUGGCAAAGAUCUGCGACCCCUCAAGCCAGAGGACGGGCCAGGGAGCGGGGAUUUGUCAGUGGGUCUAUCUGCGGCACGCAGGCGGAUACCGGCGGAUUGAAAGCCGCGAGUACCAACACCAGGCGCCCGGCCAGAGCUGCUCCGGCUCCGGUUCAGCCUGGGGGCAGCGGGCCGCCCGCCCCCCGCUCUCUGAGCCGCUCGCCUUCACUCCCCGCAGCCGGCUGGGGUGGCCCCGUCCCUGCAGCCCAGCAGACGGGUGAGAGGGAGGGGGCGGCCGCAGCCCGCUCGCCUCCGGUCCGCGGGGUUGCACCAGGCAGGUGGUUGCCGGCGGGGCGAGCUCCGAAGAGUUAAAGCGCUGGGAAGGUGAUAAUAACUCUGCGCUGGGAUCGGGUGCAACUGGCAUUUGCUUGCACAUGACCUGCCAAGCUCCGGGUGAUAGGAACCGGGGCUCCUAAUGAGUUUCCCAGAGGCUGGGAUCUGAACGUCGCUCUCGCCGCUCUCGUCUCAGGGCUGCCCGUUAGAGCUGCCGCCGGCUGCCCUGCUCCUCUCCAUCCUUCCCGAGAUCUCGGAUGGACGAAGUGUGCAACAGGUCAGUUCUGCUACAGGCGCCCAAGGUGGCCGUUUAUUUCACUCCUCCUACCCCUCGCUUUCUCAGAAAGGCUGGAGCAAACGGUAGGAGCGGGUGGUCCCGGCCACGGAAUGGGAAGCGGGGCCAGUCAGCUCUGCCACGCAGGGACCUUAGGCAUCCUGCGCAGCCCAUCCCCGGGGCCGCCGACCGCCAGCAUGCGCUGCCGCCACGGGCACGAAGGAUCCGGGAGGCCUUUAGUCACACGAGGAGCUCAUAACAAGGACGCAUCCCGAUUCUGAGCACCAGAAGGCUGCUGGUGCUCCCCUCCGACAAGCCAGCACGCCCCUGUCCCCUCGGCUACCCGGGAACCAGCUUCUCCCUGCCUGCGGGUGACGGCGAGCUGCCCAGCCCUUCCUGAGGGUCGCAUCCCGCCUGCUUUCUCCUUUCACUUGCAGCAUGGCCCUCGAGAGGCUCGGGGAAGCCCUGCGCAGCAUCCCUCCCUUGCAAAGCUCCCUGCUGCUCCUCCUCUGCCUGCUCACCGCCAUCCACCUGGGCAAGCUCCUCCUGCAGCAGCGCCGGCGGCAGGGCCAGCGCCGGGCGCCGCCGGGUCCUUUCCCCUGGCCCUUGAUCGGCAACGCGGCGCAGCUGGGCAGCGCCCCGCACCUCUCCUUCGCCCGCCUGGCCAGCACCUACGGCGCCGUUUUCCAGAUCCGCCUGGGGCGCUGGCCCGUGGUGGUGCUGAACGGGGAGCGCGCCAUCCGCCAGGCCCUCAUCCGCCAGGGGGCCGCCUUCGCCGGCCGGCCGCCCUUCCCGUCCUUCCAGCUGGUGUCGGGCGGGCUCAGCCUGGCCUUCGGCGGCUACUCGGAGCUCUGGAAGCUGCACCGCCGGGCGGCGCAGGCCACGGUGCGCGCCUUCUCCACCGGCAGCCCCGCCACCCGCCGCCUGCUGGAGCGGCACCUGCUGGGCGAGGCGCGGGCGCUGGUGGCGCUGCUGGUGCGGGGCAGUGCCGGCGGCGCCUUCCUCGACCCUUCGCGCGUCCUGGUGGUGGCCGUGGCCAACGUGAUGAGCGCGCUGUGCUUCGGCCGCCGCUACAGCCACGGCGACGGCGAGUUCCUGCGCCUCGUGGGGCGCAACGAGCAGUUCGGGCGGGCGGUGGGCGCCGGCAGCCUGGUGGACGCGCUGCCCUGGCUGCAGCGCUUCCCCAGCCCCGUGCGUGCCGCCUACCGCGCGUUCCGCGACCUCAACCGCGACUUCUACGGCUUCGUGCGCGGCAAGUUCCUGCAGCACCAGCGCAGCCUGCGCCCGGGGGCCGCCCCCCGCGACUUGAUGGACGCCUUCAUCCGCCUGCAGCGGGAGCAGCCGCGGCUGCAGGUCGAGCAUGUGCCCGCCACUGUCACCGACAUCUUCGGCGCCAGCCAGGACACCCUCUCUACCGCCCUGCACUGGCUCCUCAUCUUCCUCAUCAGGUAUCCGAAUGUGCAGGCUAAAAUGCAGGAAGAAGUGGACAGGAUUGUUGGAAGAGACCGUCUGCCAUGUGCUGAAGAUCAGCCUCACUUGCCUUACAUCAUGGCUUUCUUGUAUGAAUCCAUGCGUUUCAGCAGCUUUGUGCCUGUUACUAUCCCCCACGCCACCACAACCAACACCUUCAUCAUGGGCUACCUCAUUCCCAAGGACACAGUGAUUUUUGUUAAUCAGUGGUCAGUGAAUCAUGAUCCAGCAAAAUGGUCCAACCCAGAGGAUUUUGAUCCAACAAGAUUCCUGGAUGACAAUGGCUUCAUCAAUAAAGAUCUUACCAGUAGCGUGAUGAUUUUCUCAGUGGGAAAACGUCGGUGUAUUGGAGAGGAGUUGUCCAAGAUGCAGCUGUUUCUCUUUACCUCCAUACUGGUCCAUCAGUGCAAUUUUACUGCUAAUCCAAAUGAGGACCCUAAAAUGGACUUUAUCUAUGGGUUGACCAUUAAACCUAAGCCAUUUACCUUGAAUGUUACACUUAGAGAUACUAUGGAUUUGCUCGAUCAGGCUGUCCAAAGACUGCAAGCAGAGAAAGCAGCCAACGAAAAUCAGCUGUCAGCAAAUACCUAGGCAACAAACCUUGCAUUUAAAGAUAAUCCCUCUCUCUUUUUAGACUUAAAUGAGUUAUAGUUUUUUUUUCUUUUUGGAAAUUAGCCUAUGUUACAAGUUACAAGAGCAGGAAAGAAAACUGCACAAGGUAUAAUUCAGUCCUCUUUUUCAUUCUAGAAGGAGAGCCAGGGAAACAUUUUAAUAUAUUAAAUGAUAAAACAUAUGAAAUUUGAAAGUAAGCCUUUUCUUUUCUAGCUUGUUCACAGAAGUUGCCAUUGUAAAGUGCCUUUUAUCUACUAACUGGUUGGAGCAUCUCCAGGAACUGUUUGUACAAUCUUCUCCAUGUCUCCAUGUGCUGUGCCUUAACUCUAAGUUCAUCUUCAGAGACUCCACAUCCCAAAGUGAAAUUUCUUGUUUAAGUAAAAAAAAAGCAACAGAAGAAGAAAGAAGGGGUGAUCAAAACUGAAUUCACUCCACUGGAAACUGCCAUAGGCAGCUCCUGCGUUGUGACUGAUGGGAUGUUCAUUAAUGCCUUUAUAAUAAACAUUCAAAUAAUUUUUUGUAAAAUGACAAGUCUUGCCUUUAACAUUUCAAAGUGUUUACAUAAAUGACUAAAAGAAAAUAGACUUGAAAAUAAAAUCCAUAUUUUGUAUGAGAAUUACGAGAAUGUCCUAAUAUUGUAACUUUUCAUUAAGUUUUGAAAGAUCAGAUUUGAUGUCACCAAAUGAUAAGGUGAUGAAAACAAUAUGCUAAUCUGUUCUUUAGCAUAUUCACAAACGAAGGAGAUAUUUGAGUUAGAAAGUUUUAUAAAGCUAUAGCUGAACUUUGUAUUUCUCUAGUAAAGGGUUAACAUCCCUGUCCCUAGGCACAUGGGUAAGUCCAAUAAAAUCCACAUGAGAUGAGGUAUUUAGAAGUGAGAAUUUGGAGAAUUUGGAGGUUUUAUAUUGAAACUUUCAUGCUGCAAGCCUUGAGUAAGGCAAAUACAGCAAAUACAACCCUGCUCACUAGUCAUUCUGUUAGGUAGAGUUAAAUCAAAUAUCCAAAAAUCAAUAGGUAAUUUUAGCAUGAUUUGCUUGGAAUGAAGCCUCAGAAGGAAAACUAACAUUAAAUAUCCUGAUUAAUGUAGCCAUUAGCUGAAGAAAAAGUAGUUUGAAAAUUUUUGUGAGGCAAAGGACAUGAAGUUUAAAAAAACCCACCCUCCAAAACUAUUAUUUAAAAGUAAAACACACACAUGAAAUUUAUGCCCUCCAACCUCUGGCUAAUGUUUUUGUACACAAAACAGCAUGUAUUUCUCUAAAGAGCAAACAACCCUAUGUAAGUGCCUGAUUUUGAAAAGUGUUGGGCAUUUCUUUGAAGCUGCCGAUCACCUUCAAUUACAUAUGAAAUCCAUCAGAAAUGAGAGUACCUCACAUGACUUGCUGGGUCCUGCCUGGUACUAAGUAAGGUAUCAGUAGAGCUAGAAAAAUAAUGGUGCAGUGCUGCACAGUAUAAUCUGCUGGGUUAAUGACACAAUCCUCAUCUUCUUAAGUAGAAGCUUCACAAAUGAUUUUAAAAACCUGAAUCAAACCUAAAAGUACUGCUUCAUAACUCCACACAGUAGUACCUGUUUAAAAUCUCUGACUUCAUAUGGCAUCUAUCUUCUGUUUUCAAAGCUAAAAAAGCCUUCUGUUACAUACACAAUGAGUAACCUCAGGUGUUUUUCUGAAUUAUGUACAGGUUUGUGAUGUCCCAGAACUUAGCCUAUGCCUGUGAAAACCUUUACAAGAUAUUCAGCAUUUUCAUAUGGAGAUCUACAUUAGAUCAAAUGCUAGCAUGACAGUAUUCCUUGUACCUUAGUAAGUAUUGUUAUUAAAAAAAAAAUAUGUAAAGGAUGUAACCUUCAAUUGAAUAGUUAUUCUAAUGCAAGGAUCACUGAUUCAUAUUUUAAUAAAAACGGCUUUUGCAAUUUUGUACUCUUCCAAGAGCUUUAACUAUGCAUUGGCUACUAAUGCAACUUCAAUUCACACUGUUAAUGUCUGACGGGGGUCACACACUAUCUAGCUGUUGGUCAAAUAACACCUUGUAUAAUCUGUGAAGUUAUUCAAAUUUAGUAGCAUCUAUUUAAAAUGUAUGGAGUUGCUCAGCAAGCUAAAUUUUAUGGUAAUUUCGAGAUGUAUCAUGUUACCAAAAUACUAAAUAAAAUUAUUCUUACACUGCCUUUGCUUAGUUUAUGUAGGGCUUUCUAACAUCAAGAUAAUUAAAAUUAUUGUUUCUGA